AUGCCCCGCCGUCGCAAGCCGCCCCGGCCGGGCGCCCUCAACGACCUGCCCCCACUGCGCAUCGCUUCGCAGAUCGCGGCGUUACAAGGACUGUACUAUGCCGGAGCACUGGUGUUGAUGCUCUUCUCAGCGCUCGUCGCUGGUACGGGGUUCACGUUGGAUCUUGUCUUUGGGUGGGAGGCUGUUCGGGGGGAUACGACGCAGGGGUGGUUGGGAGCAUUCUUGUGGGUUCUGGAUGGGGGUUUCUGCAUGGCUGUCGCAAUCAUCAUCCUCAUCGGCCGUUCAAAGCUCGUACCCGACUUCGCGCUGACGAUGCAUGGUCUACACCUCGUUGUCACGAGCUUAUACACCGGCCGCAUCCCACGGAACGCAAUGUGGUGGGGUGCCAUGGCGGCCAGUUCGGGUAUCUGUGUAGCGUUGGCCGUUUGGGGGUCCAGAUACCGCGAGCUGAGGCCCAUAUCGUUCGGCGGUGGAGGCGGUGGAAAUACCGGGGGCGGUGCUGGGAGCAGUGGUGAUGGUGCCGCGCAAAAUGGUGGCACCGGAGACGAGGAGGAUGGGCUCGGGUUCUCCAGGGGACGUGGACGUGGAAGGGGGAGGGACGGGGAAAGCGGCCUCGCGUUACUCUCGCGUCUGAUUUUCUCUCGCAAGAUGGUCGAUUCUCUUUCUUCAAGUGCCAUGUACUCUCCUAUCUUGCUUUCACUGCGCAGGGCUCCGAUUGCUUCUAAUGAAGAAAGCAACGAUUCAAUAGAGCUGUCCCCUCAACAACCCUCAACACCCGUCGAAGAAGAAUGCGGUUAUUCUUUCCAGGAGACCAGAGAUAUGUCUAUGAACGACGAACAUAGGGCCUUCCUUGCCCCAAACAUGGUAGACAUCUCUGAUCAAGAGACUUUACACCCCACGUCAGUUUCGGAGGUGUCCUCGGUGGACUCGGAAGAAGAGCUUCCCCAACAGUUGACCUUGAAGCUUGCUGAGAACGAAGUCCCAAACCACGAGCAGCCAAAUACACCACCGAACAGCGGAUUAUCCGUAGAAUGGAUCUGGUCAGUGUGGUGGGUAGAGAUGUUCAGCAGCGUUCUAGCAUUGGAGUGCAUCUCUGCGAUAGUUAUUAUCCUAUCCGUUUACCGAGGGCAACCUCUUCCCAACUGGCCAAAGCUCAUAUCAAUCAACUCCUUGAUCGCCGUCUUCACGGCUGUGUUCAAAGCUGCGCUCAUACUUCCUGUCGCCGAAGGCUUAGGACAGUUGAAAUGGAACUGGUUCGAUCGAUCUCAAACGCUAGGUGAUCUCGUCUUGUUUGACAAUGCGAGUCGAGGGCCGUGGGGAUAUUUGGCUGGACUUGGUGCAUUCAUCACCGUUGCAGCCCUUGCAAUCGACGCUUUUUCCCAGGCUACAAUCAACCUUGGCUCUUGUGAUAUCACGGCAGAGUUCGGUAUAGCCGAAGUGUCUCGGACGAACAACUAUUCGGGCAAUCCUCAACAGCGCGACAGCUCCCUCGAUGCUGCCCCCAUCACCUCGAAUCAGAAAAUGCGGAAGGCUAUCAAUAAAGGUCUUGUGGACCCUGCAAAGGCUGGAGAGCUAAUCAACUUCGCCUGCACCUCUCGCAACUGCACAUUCACGCAAGACGGCGGAGGAGGCUACUUCUCGUCUCUCGGAAUAUGUUACUCUUGUAAAGACAUUACAGACAAAGCCGUCUUCGAACCUUUUACCAAUAGAUCAACACCGGCUUCCAACGUUUUGACGUGGUACCUUCCAUGGAGUAAAAACAAAACUGACGAGAGGAUCCUCCAAGGGGAAGGCGGUGGUACACUUCUGGGAUGGCACUUCGCGGGCGUCUAG